CACGCCAAAACUCUAGAAAUCGAGGUGCCAUUAAAAAGGGAGGUUUAAGACAACAACGGACAAAUAUACCUUUUACGAAUGGAAAUGCAAAUCUGUCGCAACAGGGUUUUAACAGCCAAGCAAGUCAGGAUAUGCUGACCUCCUUCUCUCAGGGUCCACUUAUGCAAGGCCCACUGACCAUGAGUCAAAUGAGCCAGCCAGGAUUUCAUGGCUUGUCUCAGCCGGAUCUUUCUCAGGAUAGCUACCUGGUUGAAGAAUUUCGUUCUCAAACUGAAGGAAUGUUGUCCCAAGAUUCCACUUACCAGGGGGAUCGAGCAUUGUUUGCAGCCUCUCAAGGCGGGCAGUUCUCUCAACCAUACUGAUUCACAGGUG